CACUAACUUCAUUCCAAAGUCAGCUGCGACUCCUCCCUCCUGGUAUCUAUUUAGCCAAGAUGUCCUUCCCAAGGUUCCUGUGGAUGGAAGUCAAAGAAAUCAACUGCAUCUGAGAGUCUGACGACAAGUCACAGAAUUGGAAAACCAGAGCAAAAAGCCCGAGGGACACCAUCAAGCCCUUAAUCAACAUGAGGGACACCACCAAGCCCUUAAUCAACACGAGGGUCUUGUGGACAUUUCAAACUCGCUCUCCUAAGAUACCAAGGUUCAUUGCUGUAGGGCUCGCUUUCGGCCUGUUGGGAAUUUUCCUGUUCGGAGAACAGAGAAGACUGAACCGGUGGCCCCAAAUCAUUCUCAACAUGUCCCCUUCCCGGUCUGGAGAUAAUCCCAGGCCUGGAGAUGCUGACGCCAUCAAAGGACGAUAUCCGCUGGAUUGCGCCGGAGUUGCCGGAGAGCUCAGAAAAAAACAUUGGCAGAGCAGGUAUGGGCAUAGAAGAGGGCUACAACCUAUGAAGUUGAAAUUUCCUAUCUAUAUCACUCAACGGCUUAAGGACGAAAAGACCUUGGGCCAGCAGCGGCGUCUCUAUAGGAGGUCCCUGAAAUGGGAUCACUCAGACGUAGUGAGAAACUGAGAAGACGAGAGGGCUGUCUUUUGGAUGAGAGGCAACUCGUCAGACUUGGUCAAGUGCAAAGGGGCUUCAACAAAAACGCGAGAUAGUCUACUGUAAAGCGAACGCAUAAUCUGAACCCUUCUCGCUACGCUUUCAGCUUUCUCUCAAGUAGUCCUCCACAAAGA